AUGGGACAAGGCUUGGGUCCUAUCCACUUAACAAGAGUGCGGUGCAGGGGACAUGAGCAAUCACUGAUGGAGUGCAGAUCCCAAAAAGCAGCCCAGACGGGAUGCCGGCAUGACAAUGAUGCUGCUGUCCGCUGCAAUGUGCCCCAAACAGAUGCACAACGUCAAAUCCGUCUGGCUGGCGGGCGCACUUCAGAGGAAGGUGUUGUGGAAGUACUGAUGCCCAGGGGAAGUGCCUUCCGCUGGGGUGCCGUAUGUGGAGAACACUGGGGACUCAAGGAGGCCAUGGUUGCUUGUCGGCAGAUGGGACUGGGCUUUGCAAGCCAUGCUCUCCAGGAAACAUGGUACUGGCAGGGCAAUGCAGAUGCUUCUGAGGUGGUACUGAGUGGUGUGCGUUGUAAAGGCUCAGAACUGUCUAUCCUACAAUGUCAGCACCAUGGACCCGUGCAUUGCCCAAAUGGAGGGGGGCGUUUUGCUGCAGGAGUCACCUGUACCCGCAACGCCCCAGAUCUGGUAAUGAAUGCCCAACUGGUACAGGAGACAGCUUAUCUUGAGGACCGCCCAUUGAACAUGCUAUAUUGUGCCCAUGAGGAAGGUUGCCUUUCUGCCUCUGCUGACCAUAUGAACUGGCCAGAGGGGUAUCGACGCCUGCUGCGCUUCUCCUCUCAGAUUCACAACCUGGGUCGGGCUGACUUUCUUCCAAAAAGUGGCCGUCACGCAUGGAUAUGGCACGAGUGCCACAGACAUUACCACAGCAUUGAGGUUUUCACUCACUAUGACUUACUGACACUCAAUGGCUCCAAGGUGGCUGAGGGACAUAAGGCCAGUUUCUGCCUGGAGGACACCAACUGCCCAGAAGGAAUGCAGCGGCGUUUUGGCUGUGCUAAUUUUGGAGAGCAGGGUGUCAGUGUAGGUUGCUGGGACACAUACAGACAUGACAUUGACUGCCAAUGGGUAGAUAUCACUGAUGUGCCACCUGGGAGUUACAUAUUCCAGGUUGUUGUGAAUCCUAAGCAGGAGGUAGCAGAAUCUGACUUUUCCAACAAUGCCCUUCGCUGUCAGUGCCAGUAUGAGGGACAACGUAUCUGGUUGCAUGGAUGCCAUACAGGUGAUGAGUAUGGUGCCAAGAUAGAGUGGGAUGAGGAAGCACAGCAAAGACUGAGCAGCAACUUUGUCUAGGCAAAUACUCUAGAAGCAGUUGGGAUUCUCCAAGGAACCUGGAUCUAGAUCUUCUCACAGUUCAACCUGACAAGGGCUAUGACAGAAUCCAAGCAGAUGCUGACUAGCACAAGAACUAGACUCUGCAGAAAGGUUCUUUCAAGGCCCACUUCCCUCCCUGCCAUUUGCCCUGGAUUGACACACACACACACACACACAGCAGCACCACAUCCAGACUAUAUGGCCAUGCUGUGGCUAUCACUCCUUUGCCCCACAUUACACAGUCCAGCUUGUCUGGUCCGCUUUCUCUAUUUAUUGAGCUUGGCAGCUAUGGUCAAAUAUGGGACUGAAAUGACCUGAUGGGGACACUGCAGUCUUUCUCAUGCCCAGCUAAGAGAGUAGCAUUGUGGCAAAGAGGAGCCAUGCUCUUGCCUUGCUGGCAGAAGGGGUGUGUGAGUAGCACAGCCCAGAAAAACUACCUCAACCAGCUCCAUCUGCUGACAAGUUUUAUCUCAGGAGCCUGGUUCAUCUCAAGACACACCAAGGCUGUCUUCUUUUCUGCCCCCACAUUCCCCCUGCCCCAAAGGCAUACAGCAGGCAAUAUGCCUGUAGGCCCAAGCCUCCACUCCCCACCCUUACCUCUGGUGCAGAAGAGCUAUUGUCCUGCCAUGAGUACAGAUACCUCCACAUCCAAGAACCCAAGUCAGACCAAAGGAUACGGAAAAGGCACCUAUGAGCCCUCCUGUAAGAAGGCACCAGCUGGGCCAUGCUAUAGUUUAAAUAUUAAGAGGUUAGGGAAGUGGAGCGGUAUUAUUAACUAUGGAGCUAGUAAUGUGCAAUGAACUAUGAUGGCUAAUAAUAGGGAGGGUAAAAUGCUAUUUGGGGAUCACUUGCUCAGGGAAGAAUCACAAACCUCUCUCAAGAGAAA